CAAAAACAAGACAGACGUAGAGAGAGAGAGAGAGAGAGAGAGAGAGAGACACCGACAGCUCUUUCUCCGAGACACCAUAAAAACAAAGAAAACUGGUCUACAGGUGAGCUUGGACAAGAUGUUGAAGGUACCCUUCAAUUCUACGGACCAACUCCAAGCCCUAGCUUCUCAAUGCAGAUUUCUUAAUCAUCACCAUAACAGCCCUCAUUUCACUCGCCGCCCUAACGCCCUCGCUUUCUCCUCCUCCGUCUAUAACUCUAAGACCUCCGUUCAGGCUGUCGUGUCUCAGGGAGACGCCACCCGCGUCGAUUCUGUGUGUGAAAGCUUGGCCAACCGCCUCCGCUUGGGGAACUUGACGGAGGAUGGCUUGUCUUACAAAGAGAAGUUUAUCGUCAGGAGCUAUGAGGUUGGGAUUAAUAAAACUGCCACUGUCGAGACCAUUGCUAACUUUUUGCAGGAGGUUGGCUGCAAUCAUGCUCAGAGUGUUGGAUUUUCUACUGAUGGAUUUGCUACAACCCACACAAUGAGGAAGUUGCAUCUCAUAUGGGUAACUGCUCGCAUGCACAUUGAAAUAUACAAGUAUCCAGCCUGGAGUGAUGUAGUUGAAGUAGAAACAUGGUGCCAAAAUGAAGGAAGAAUUGGAACCAGACGUGAUUGGAUUCUGACAGAUUAUGCUACUGGUCAAGUUAUAGGAAGAGCCACAAGCAAGUGGGUGAUGAUGAACCAAGAUACUAGGCGGCUUCAAAAAGUAACUGAUGAUGUCCGAGAUGAGUUAAUGGUUUACUGCCCACGAGAACUCAGAUUAGCAUUUCCAGAGGAUAAUAAUCGCAGCUUAAAGAAGAUUUCAAAGCUAGAAGAUCCUGUUCAAUAUUCCAAACUAGGACUUGUGCCUAGAAGAGCAGAUUUGGAUAUGAAUCAACAUGUUAACAAUGUCACUUAUAUUGGAUGGGUUCUGGAGAGCAUGCCUCAAGAAAUCAUCGACACCCAUGAACUGCAAACAAUCACUUUGGAUUACAGAAGGGAAUGCCAACAUGAUGAUAUAGUUAAUUCCCUCACAAGUGUGGAACCUAUUGAGGAUUCAGAGCUUCAUGAAACAAAUGGUUCUGCCACUGCAACCGCUGGCUACCAGGAUUGCCGAAACUUUUUACAUCUACUGAGAUUGUCAAGUGAUGGGCUCGAAAUAAACCAAGGUCGCACUGAGUGGAGGAAAAAACCCACAAGAUAAAAGGUAAAUCUCUGUACUUGUUUGGACGUCUACCAGUUUUUUAGAGGAUCCCUGCUGGUUUCUUUUUCUGUUCUUUCACUUCCAAGUAAUGUUCUGAUUAUGUUGUUAGGUUAGAUAUUGUGUUGAAAAAAUAGACAUUGCUUGGACGAAAGAGGAAAAUGUACCUAAUUUAUAAAAUUGUUUCGUGUACCUCGCCAAGUAAAUUAAUCAAUUGUUCUGCUUCUGUUUA